AUGGCUCCUCCAUCCCUCUUAUCUAUACAAUCUCGCCUCACGACGACCUCUUCGCUUCUCCUCGAACGAUCUCGAGUCAUCUCUCUCAACCUUGCACCUUCAGCAUCUUCGACUUCGCAGAUCGUCCGGAAUCUCACAACUAUCAAGAACGACCUCGAGAAGUUAGCAGACGAAUCAGAUAUCGAAGCUUCGGGCCUCAGCGUAGGAGGAAAGGGCAAAAGGGCGAACGGUGGGAUAAAGGAGGCAGUGGAGAGAUACGAUAAUCUAGUCGAAAUGUUGAGGGACAGUGAUGAUAUGGGGAAGGAGAGAGCAAAAGGCUUGGCCAGGAAGCAGAGACCGCUAUCGCCCCAACCUCAGGUCUCGGUUCCGCCAUCGAUCCCUCGCGUCAGUAUUGAGCCACCGACACCAGCUGUCGACGCACCUUUCCGGGAUUUCCCAGACGAUGAUCGAGGAGAGGGAGGGAGUAGAUCAUCCAGUCCACCUGGCAAGACGCCGCAUGAGCUAUUAUCUGAACAACAAAUGAUGAUGGAUGACCAAGAUGAACGCCUGAACCUCUUAUCGUCGUCAAUUGGGCGUCAGAACCACCUCUCUGUGCAGAUCGGUGACGAGCUGGAUAUCCAUCACGAGCUCUUGGAGGACACAGAUGCAGCUAUGGACCGAACACAGGAACGAUUACACAGGGCAAAGAAACGCUUAGACAAGGUUGCUUCGGAUGCAAGACAACACGGUUCUACCCUCACAAUUGUCGGCCUCAUAUUCAUCCUCUUGAUCCUGAUCAUCGUCUUCAAGACAUAG